GGCCCCGCGGAAGGAGCGCGGAGAGCGGCGGGGCCGGGCCGGGCGGGCACAGCGGGCACCGCGGGGAUGAAGGACCGGCUGGCGGACCUGGCGGAGUAUAAAGGAAAUGAAGAUGGGGAGACAGUUAUCAUUGAAAAAGACCAUUUUAUGGAUGACUUUUUCCAACAGGUUGAAGAAAUUAGAAAUAAYAUAGCAAAAAUAGCACAAAAUGUGGAAGAAGUGAAGAAGCAGCACAGCAUUAUCCUAUCAGCACCAAAUCCUGAAGGAAGAACAAAGGAAGAACUUGAAGAACUAAAUGAGGAAAUAAAGAAGAUUGCUAAUAAAAUCCGGGCCAGGCUAAAGGCUAUUGAACAAAGUUUUGAKCAGGGUGACAAUGCCAAUCGGACAUCAGUGGACCUCAGGAUAAGAAAAACACAGCACUCAGUGCUGGCCCACAAGUUUGUGGAGGUGAUGACCGAGUACAACGAGACCCAGACCCUGUUCCGAGAGCGCAGCAAAGGUCGGAUCCAGAGACAGCUGGAGAUAACUGGAAAGACCACCACUGAUGAGGAACUGGAAGAAAUGUUAGAGAGUGGUAAUCCUUCCAUUUUCACUUCUGAUAUUAUAUCAGACUCUCAGAUAACCAGGCAAGCCCUGAACGAGAUCGAGUCCCGUCACAAGGAUAUUAUGAAACUGGAAACCAGCAUUCGGGAGCUCCAUGAGAUGUUCAUGGACAUGGCAAUGUUUGUUGAGACUCAGGGUGAAAUGAUCAACAACAUAGAAAAGAACGUGAUGAACGCGACAGAUUAUGUGGAACAUGCGAAAGAAGAGACAAAAAAGGCCGUUAAAUACCAAAGUAAAGCACGGAGGAAAAUGUGGAUAAUUAUCAUUGUGUCAGUGGUGUUGAUUGCCAUAGUAGCUCUAAUUAUUGAAAUUGAUGUUCAUAAUAAUAUGUGUAACUGUAUUGCUUCUGAUACUUGGAAUUAUCCUAGCAACAACUCUGUCCUAGCAAGCACAUUCCAAGAGUUGCGACCCUUCAGAAACUCCAAAACUCCGUCAGUAAAACCAGACCUUGUCCUUAAGAGAUGCCUGACACUGUCCCAGGAUGAUGGCCUGGCACUAAUGGUUAYAAAUGAAAGCAAAAUCACUCUUCAUGUUUACUCCUAACUGAAGAUCAGAAUGUAUUAGGAUGUGUGUGGAUUUUUCACCAUAAACUAGACACUUGUAAGACUGAAASUUGCUCCUGUUCUGAGCGAGAGUAACUUAGGGUUUUUCACAUCUCAGUGUUACAAUUUAAAUAGGGAGUUGAGAGACUUGAGUUUUGACUGUUUGGCUUUGAUUUCCUAUUGCUAAUCUUACUCUAAUCAUGACUUUCAGUACCUUGCCAGUGCUGCCUUUGUUAGCACUCUUGUGAAUAUUUUUAUGAAAUGUAGCCUUGUGUUUAUGAAUUAUUUAGUCACUUUAACCUAUUUAAACUUUACUUUUUUUCUCCAACAAGUGCUAAAAUAUUUUAUCCUGWAAAGACUACUCAUUUAACUGCCUAGUGCAUUACACUUGAGAAGAAAAAAGAUAAAAAGCUUUUGUACACUUGCCAGUUUUUUUAUUUUUUCUUUUGAGGUUAAUUGCUUUAAAUAUUUCCAUCAUAAUUAAUGAAAAGUUAGUURCAACAUUUCUGGUAAAAGAAUGCAGCUCUGAAACACGCUGAAUUUGCACUUGAGCAGGUAAUUUCACAGGUAAUUCUUGUGCAAAGGAAACUGAUGGAUCAGUUUAUUGCUUACACGAGCAUGACAGAAAUGACUUCAUAAAGCCAAAUCAAGUUUUCUUGUUCUGAAGUUUGCUAAUGUUGCUGUGUGAAUUUAACACAUGGGGAUGAGCUCCCYGGAGAGUCUGAAACAUGAAACAAACUGAGACACUGACUUGUUAUGGAAUUGCUGUGUGUAUAACAUAGAUGAAGUGUUUUGGUGUAUUCAGGCCUGUUGGAAUGCCAGCUUGCACAACUUGAAAGAAUUCAAAUGUACCCAAAUAACUGCAUUUAAUGUUACAGGUUAUUUUUGUAUUUUUGUGUGUAAAAUAUUUGUAACUUGGGUUUGUGACUCCUCAUUGUUUAAGCAUAUCCAUGUAGAUAUGUAGAUAUAUUUACAGUCUGAGAGAAGGAGAGGAUAAUUUGUGCCUUUUUAAACAUAGUCUAAACUAUACUCAUCAAUGUGCAGAUACUCAGCUCUAAUGGUAACUCGGUCCUUCAAGUUUAGAAUCCUUCAAUGUAGGUUUUGUUGAAAGUGUCUGAGAUCAAAGUUACUCAGYAAAUGAGAAUUCAGCCUGACUUCAUGAAAUUCAGCAAAGUUUACAAUUUCUAUUGUAUGUAUGAAUAUUCCUGCUUUGCUGUCCAGGUAUACUGUGAAUGUGCUGGAGCUCUUCAGAUGUCAAACAUGUUUAAAAAAAAAACCAAUUAUCACUAUUAUUAUUAUUAUUAUUAUUACUAUUGGUCUUUUUGCAAGUCAGCCAUAAAGAAGUCGCUUGAAAAAUUCGGCUUCAAUAAUGAACAAAUUUCUUUUACCUCUGAGUCCAGAAUGCUCACUGAUUUUGUGAGGAAGUUUACAUGCAAAGUGAGGAAAGAUUGGUUGCCUUAAUUCUCUUUCUAGGUAAAUAUAUUUUUUAUUCUGCAGUUUUCUAGAUUUUUAUCAGUAAAUAUUAUUUAUACAGAUACACAAAUUAGAUGGGGGGGAAAUGUCACUCCUGUUUAACAGCUGGCUAUCUGCAAUGACCCCCAGAGUCCUGUCAUGGUGAAUUGUUUUCUCUAGAACGCAGUAAUUUGCCCAUCAAGACCAGAAAUUUGAACAGGCUGCUCUGUAGUUUUUAUUGUUGUUGAACAGCUGCCUCAAUGAGUUUGUUUUACAGCAAAACAGACCUUUGGCCAUGAACCUCUUGGUUGGGUUCCUGUGGAGGGGAGUACAUGUCUAACCUAUGCACUAAUAAAAUAAAAUAAACUCACCUAAGCCAGGAUCUCGUGUGUGUUUGUGUUCAUG